AUGGAAAUGGUGCGACAGGAGUCACAGAGCCGGGGGUGGAGUUUCGAUGUUCAUAAGGAACACAUUAAAUCAUACAAUCAUUAUCCGGGUCAGUUCCCAGAGGACCCCCUUCCUCAACCCCUUCUUCUUUCCGAGCAGUUAGCAAAAGCAGUUAGCGAUCUGACAACUGUGUCAUUUCCCGUUAUAGUACUAGGUGAUUUCAACUUGCCGGAAAUCAACUGGGCACAGUGGGAUUCCUGGAAGGAAGAUCCUCAUCCACUAUCAGUUAUGUUUGCUUCGCACGGAUUUAAACAAUACAUUAAAGAGCCCACCAGGGGCAACAAUAUUUUAGAUCUACUUUUCUCAAACGAUCAUGAACUUUUGAGCAAUGUGUCCGUCAACUCAUCGAUUGGCCAUAGCGACCAUUUGAGUAUCUCUUUCGAAAUAAUGAGAAGCUUGCUUCCUACUGUACCAGUUCUGAAAAGGCUUUUUUCUAAUUUCUACGGUGAUGAGAAAUAUGUUAUGUUUCUCUCAAUACUCAAAGAUGUUAUAGACAAAUUUGUUCCCUGGGCAUAUGUCUUUCCAAAUAAGUCCAAUUUACCAGCCUACCUCCAGAACAUGUUAGAACACAAAGAAUGUCUUUUACAUUAUGCAAAGUCGACUGGUGACUGGACAGAGUACAAGACUUUUUCUUCCACGUUUUCGGAUAAACUAGUAAAGUUUAAUAAAAGCGUCGAAAAGAAAAUAGUCGAAUUUAUGAAAUCUAGACUUCGUACCAAGGCACAGCUUUCUGAUCUAAAGGACAACGGAAGAUUACUUUUGAAUGACAUCGACAAGGCGAAUGCUUUUGCAGCUGUGUUCAGUAAAUCAUUUUUGCAGGACGAUGAUAAUCUGCCGCCAUUUUCACCGUCGAUUUCAAUUACUGCCAAACAAUAUGCCGACGACCUCAAAUUCUACAAAGUAAUCGAUUCUCCACAAGACUCAGUCUCAUUACAGAAUUCUAUUAGUAGUCUUGUUCAGUGGUCUGAAGAUUGGCAGAUCCCUCUCUCCUCGACCAAAACUUUUCACAUGCGUAUAGGUGCUUCUUCUGCCAUCUCUUCUUCAUAUUUUAUAAAUGGCCAAGAGAUUCGUAAA